CGUCCCGCCCUGCCCCCAGGUAUAAGAGCUGAGCUCAUGUGCACGGACUCCUAGCGUCUGUCCCAACGGCUCCCAGCAGGCAGAUCAUGAGCCAUCGGCUUCCCCGGCGCCAGCCAUAGGACGACACAGCUCUUGCCAGGACAAGCAUACUGGGCACCAUGGGACAGUGUCGGUCAGCCAGUGCUGAGGAUGCGCAGGAAUUCAGCGACGUGGAGAGGGCCAUCGAGACCCUCAUCAAGAACUUCCACCAGUACUCUGUGGAGGGUGGGAAGGAGACGCUGACCCCCUCUGAACUUCAGGACCUGGUCACCCAGCAGCUGCCCCACCUCAUGCCGAGCAACUGUGGGCUGGAAGAGAAAAUCGCCAACUUGGGCAGCUGUAACGACUCUAAACUAGAGUUUGGGAGUUUCUGGGAGCUGAUUGGAGAAGCAGCCAGGAGUGUGAAGCUGGAAAGUCCUGUCCGGGGCAGCUGAGAACCUUUCCCUGGAAUUCUUGGGGGGGGAUGUUGGGGCCUAGAAAUAAAAUUCCUCCUACCACCAGUAUGUGAUUCCCCGGUCUGCACCUGCUUCACCCCUGCAGGGCUCGAGUCCUUGGUGACCCUUCCCAGGGCUCUCCAACAUUGCCAGCCCGGGAGUCCCCACCAGAGGGAGGCUGGGGGUGGGGGGGCAGGGAUGGAUGUGGUGAGUGCUGGAGGGAUAAGGAUGGUGUAAGGGCCAGGUACUUUGGUUGGGGGGAAGGGCAGAGAGGAGGUGGGCUAUUGGAAAUGAUUUGAAGAAGGGGGGCUGGGAAUGGGGCAGGAUAUUUGGUGCUAAAAAUGGUCUCUGGGAACCUACCCUUCCUAAUCCCCACCCCAAAUGGUAGUGUGUCCAGGGCUCCACCUUCCCCCCUCCAGCUCUGGCCCAGCCUCCUCCCUGGCCUCUUUCCUUGGGCGAGGGUCAGGGAAGAGAGCAGGGGAGGGAGAGGACCAAUUGGGUGCUUGGGCAUUUAAAGAAUGAUGGUUGUUUUGUAUCAUUUGAUUAAUAAAAAAAUGGAAAAAAAGUGAAA